UGUGGGAGACUGGAGGACUCCCCCUCCUGCAGGACGUCCCCGAUGCUGGAGUCCCCAGGGAUUGGCAUAGGGGGGUCCCCAUGCAGGGGGUCAGAGAGAGAGAGAGAGAGAGAGAGAGAGAGCUUGCAGUGGUUCCCUGCUCGAGCUGCAUCUGCCUGCUGGGAAUAAGGAGCCCGAGUCUGCUUAGCCUCUUGGUGUCGGAGGAGGGACGGUGCAAGAGGAGGGUGCUGGUGCUGCCUGGAAGACGGCGUGUGUCCCCCGCCCCCCCACACACACUAGAGAUGCGCCCAGCCCAGAAGAGGCUUUGGAUCCAGAGGGCGCAGGUGACAGAUGGGAGAGGAGGAAUGAGGGAAACCACAGUGGAGGUUUGUUGGGAGGAGCCAGAUGGAAAAGGAAGCCCAGAGACUACAAACUGGAGCAAAAGAGAAGAACAAGAAUGGAUCUCUUGUUUCUCUGCAUGAAAUCCAAAAUAUAAUGCAAUAAGAAAGAGAAAAUCCGGUGCCCUCCCCAUAGAAAAGGUUUGAGUCCUGAGCCAAGUGUUCAACCUCAAUGUGAAAUGCACGCAGAGAGGAAACUAUGUAAAUGCUUAGCCUUAGACUGUGGAAAGAGUUUCAGCACGCGUGGACAACUUACAUCACACCAUAGAAUCCACACUGGGGAGAAACCAUAUAAAUGCUUAGACUGUGGAAAACGCUUCAGCAGGAGUGGGCACCUUACUAUACAUUAUAUUAGAAUCCACACUGGGGAGAAAAUACAUAAAUGCUGGGAGUGCAGGAAAAGCUUCAGCACGAGCGGAGACCUUACUGUACACCAUAGAACCCACACUGGGGAGAAACCACAUAAAUGCUUGGAGUGUGGGAAGACCUUCAAUCAGAGUGGAAAACUUACUAUACAUCAUAGAACCCACACUGGGGAAAAAAUAUAUGUCUGUACGGAGUGUGGAAAGAGCUUCAGCACGAGUGGAGGCCUUACUGUACAUCAUCGAACCCACACUGGGGAGAAAGUGCAUAAAUGCAUGGAGUGUGGAAAGAGCUUCAGCCAGAGUGGAACUCUUAAUUUACACCUUAGAACACACACUGGGGAGAAACCACAUAAAUGCAUGGAGUGUGGAAAGAGCUUCAGCCAGAGUGGAACUCUUAAUUUACACCUUAGAACCCACAGUGGGGAGAAACCACAUAAAUGUUUGGAGUGUGGAAAGAGUUUCAGGUUGAAUGGACAUCUUACUAUACACCAGAGAACCCACACUGGAGUGAAACCACAUAAAUGCUUAGAGUGUGGAAAAAACUUCAGCCAGAGAGGAUAUCUUACUUUACAUCUUAGAACACACACUGGGGAGAAACCACAUAAAUGCUUGGAGUGUGGAAAGAGCUUCAGCAUGAGUGGAGCUCUUACUGUACACCACAGGAUCCACAGUGGGGAGAAACCACAUAAAUGCUUGGAAUGUGGAAAGUGCUUUAGAACAAGUAACCAUCUUACUGUACAUCAUAGAACCCACACUGGGGAAAAACCACAUAAAUGCUUGGAGUGUGGAAAGACCUUCUCCCUGAGGGGAGUCCUUACUUUACACUAUAGAACCCACACUGGGGAGAAACCACAUCAAUGUGCGGAGUGUGGGAAGAGAUUCAGAACAAGUGUAGCUCUUACUGUACACCAUAGAACUCAUACUGGGGAGAAACCCUAUGAAUGUUUGGAGUGUCAAAAGUGCUUUAGCCAGCGUGGAGAACUUACUGUUCAUAACAGAACCCACACUGGGGUGAAACCACAUACAUGCUUGGAGUGUGGAAAGUGCUUUAGAACAAAUAACCAUCUUACUAUACAUCAUAGAAGCCACACUGGGGAGAAACCACAUCAGUGUUUGGAGUGUGGAAAGUACUUCAGCCAGAGUGGAGCUCUUAUUUUACACUGUAGAACCCACACAGGGGAGAAACCACAUAAAUGCUUGGAGUGUGGAAAGAGCUUCAGCACGAGUGGCGCUAUUGCUAUACACCAGAGAACGCACACUGGGGAGAAACAGCAUAAAUGCUUAGAGUGUGGAAAGUGUUUUAGAACAAGCAACCAACUUACUAUACAUCACAGAACCCACACUGGGGAGAAACCACAUACAUGCUUGGAGUGUGGAAAGAGCUUCAGCCAGAGUGGAAAUCUUACUUUACACUUUAGAACCCACACUGGGGAGAAGCUGCAUAAAUGCUUGGAAUGUGGAAAGAAUUUCAGCCAGAGAGGACAUCUGAUUCUGCACCAUAGAAUACACACUGGGGAGAAACCACAUAAAUGCUUGGAGUGUGGAAAGACCUUCAGCCAUAGUGGAGAUCUUACUAAACACCAUAGAACCCACACUGGGGAGAAACCAUAUAACUGCUUGGAGUGUGGAAAGAGCUUCAGCACGAGUGGAGGUCUUACUAAACACCAGAGAACACACACUGGGAAGAAACCACAUUAAUGCUUGGUGUGUGGAAAGAGGUUCAGUAGGAAGGAUUACCUCACUGCACAUGCACAGUCACGCAGGGUAGAAAUAAUACACUUGAAACUGCAUACAAGCCUGUUGAUCUCCCUUGUGAAAUAUACACUCUUGUGAGUUUUAUGACUUGCUUUUACCCUUUUUGCUUCUUGAGGGAACUCUGAUUAUGUUUGUAGCUAAUUCAUGAAUACAUGUUUAUAAUUUGUUCUGUGAA